ACUCAACUAUAAUCGUUACUGGAGCACCAAACUCGACAACAAAAAACUGUGAAAAUGGUAAGCCAGAGUUAUACGGCGACGUUUCUUCUGUUCGCCAGAUUUUUCUUCAUUUCCCGAUCAAUCUCAGCCGUUCAUUCCCCUCCACGACUAAACGCAACAACCAACGAUCUAGAUUUCAUCCGAACAAGCUGCAACGCUACUCUAUAUCAAGACCUCUGCUUCAACUCUCUCGCCGGCUACGCCCCCGUCGUCCAAGACAGUCCGGCGAGGCUAGCAAAGAUCGCAACCGGAGUGUCCCUCUCAAAAGCCAAAUCCACGUUGGCUUUUCUCUCCAUGCUCUCACGCUCCGCCGCCCAAGUCCAAGACUGCGUUUCGUACUUGGAUGAAGCAGUUGGUUCCAUUAGAGACUCUCUCCGAACACUACGCAGCUUGAGCCGUGGAGGCGGCGUUGCGGCGGCUGCGUCGUCAUCGGACGAGACGUUUAGUUCGCAGGUGAAUGACGUGCAGACGUGGAUGAGUGCAGCAUUGACGUAUGAGGAUACGUGUACGGACGGAUAUGAAGAAAUGGAUGAAGCAGGAGGUAUCAAGACGACCGUUUAUGAUCGAGUGAACACACUGAAAAGGUUUACUAGUAAUGCUCUUGCGCUUGUUAACACUUAUGGCAACACUGGAGCUCCAUGAGAUGAGAUUAUUAAGAGUUUUUAACUUUUAAUUUUAGUUUUUUUUUGAUAAAUUUUUGCUUUGUUUAAGGUUUCUUUUGAUUUUUCAAAUAUGUUAUGGGUUUUAAUUUGAAAUGUAGUGGUGUGUGAAAAAAAAUGAAAGCUUAGUGCAGGCUUCGGAAAAGGUAGUAGUACGGAUUUCACGUUUCAUUGCUUUGACUGAUCUCUGUCGAUAUGCUUAUGAUUUGAUGAAUCGUUGUAUUAAUUUUGGGAUUUUGUUUUUGUAUGACUCGUAUUAUAUGAGUUUAACGUGGGUUUAGAUAUA